AUGCAUCCUCAUCUCCAUACCAAGAACGCUCUAGCGUGCGAGGAAAUCAUCGCCCAGCUCGAGGAGUGCCAUGCAAAGGGCUUCAUGCACAAGGCAGCCGGCGGGUGCAACGAUGCUAAAGAACUGGUAAACCGGUGCCUGCGAGCCGAGCGAACCAAGAUGCAAGCCGACAACCGAGCCGCGGCGCGGGCGAAGCGCGACAAGAUCAAAAAGGCCCAAGAAGAACUCGGUCUGUAA